UAAUAGGGAAACAUCAUAAUAAAUACACAGAACAGUUGCUUGCGGUUGGUAGACUAGGCUUGUUUUGUUUUGUUUUGUUUUGAUUUCUCUUCUUGUUAGUCGCAAACAGAUUUUGGAUAUCAUCUUCAUUCUAAUCUACUUCAAGCUUAUGAAAAACAGGUGCAAUUGAUCAUGUUGAGAAGCCAGAGCAUUUCUAAUUUAAACGAUCAAAGGAAGUCAAAAUCGACUGCUUUCUUUAGUUCUUUUAGGUCUAGAAAAUUUUCUUCAAAUGACUUGCAUUCAAUAGUCGAUUCUACACCAACAACAUCUACACCAGAUACAAAUACAACGGCUAACCAAAGGCCACUUAGUGCUAGUGUUUCUUCAAUCAACUUAUCCGGUGGUGGAGGUAAACUUCAACCCAUAAAGCAUUCAUCGUCAGCCGCACAACAAAGACUCUAUCAUUCUUCAAAAAGUUCUAUAUCUACUUCUGAAGAUAAAGAAAACAUUGUACCGGCUAGUAUAGCAAGAACUAAAUCCUUGAAACUAAGAUCUAGUGCUCCUAAUUUGAAUUUAGCUCAAGCAGCAACCACAUCCGCUAAUGCCAUCACGGUUACCUCAUCUAAUAAUAAUAAUAAUGCUUCACAGCUUUAUACUAGAAGAUUAAGAUCUUCCAUGUUUCUCAAUAAUAUCAUUCUGAAUGAUUAUGAUUCAUUAAAGAGUGAGUAUAAAGGUCGUAUUUCUCCUCCAGUAUCUUUUAUGAGUCCAGAGACUAUUGGUACAGUUGAUACUUUAGUUGACCAAUCACCAAUUAAGUUAACAGAUUUUGAAAAUACAAGUCAAGAUUUUGAUUCAGAAGCCACAUUAAGUAGUUUCAGUAAUUCUUCAACACCUACUGAAGAUGAGUUCCCUGAACGAAAGAGAACUAAUUCAACAAAGAGAAAGCUACACAGAACAACUAAUUCAUAUAAUAUUAAUGAGUUUAUAAAAAUACUAAAGCAAGAAGAUUCUACAAAACUUCCAGUCAAUAACAGAAAAUCUCUUGAAUUAGAGAGUUUAGAAAGAAAGAAAUUAACAAGUCUUCUAAAUGCGAAUGAGGUACAGCCAUAUAAAUCGACAUUAUCAUUAAUUGGAAAUUCAAUAUUUUUAGUUAUUAAAGAUAAUGAAAUAGCAAAUAAUAAUGAAGAUAAUGACGAUUCCAUCAAAUUCUCAAACUCUCUAGAGGAUAUUGACUACAUCGACGCAUUGAGAGAAGAUGGCUACGAUGAUAUAGACGAACAAUUAGUCAUGGUCUUCUGAUUUACGAACCACUUAUAAAACACAAAUGGCCCCUUUCGCAGCAAAAAAGAGACUUUUGUUGUAUGAACUUUUUCAAUUCUUUAUGUAUACUAAAUAUUUAAAUAAACACUAAUUAAUUUAGCAAACAUAUCACAAAUAAGC